AUGGCAAUCAAGCACGCAACGCCUGUAACAGUCUCGCUGUCCGACCUGCAGUCGAACCAGAUCCCCUUCUCGACGCUUCUCGAAGCCUUCGGACCGUCCUCCCUAGGUAUCCUGGUGGUAACGGGCCUCCCCUCAGACUUCGCGUCUCUACGCACAACGGUGCUCACGAACGCAUCACGGCUAGCGGCGCUGCCUCCCAGAACACUCGAGCGGCUGACCAACGCCGACGCGAAGUACCUGGUCGGCUGGUCGCACGGCAAGGAGAGCCUGCGCGAGGGAGUCGUGGACGAUAAGAAAGGGAGUUAUUAUAUUAAUUGCUCGUUCUACAACAGCGACAUGGCCGACGAGGAAAGAGGACAAGAUGCAGGACUCGCGGCAGACAGGGAGAAAUUCCCGGGCUUUGACGAGUACACGGCCGCGAGCGUGUGGCCGGACGAAGGCGAGGUGUUGGGGUUCCGGGCGAGCAGCGAGGCACUGAUCCGGCUGAUCAUCGACACAGCGGUGCUGGUGGCGCGCGCGUGUGAUCGCUACGCGGAGCAGGAGAUCGACGGGUAUGAGACCGGAUAUCUCGAGAGGGUCGUCCGGGGCAGUCGCACGAGCAAGGCCCGGCUGUUGCAUUACUUUCCUAGCUCGGAGGACGGUGGUGUGCAGACGAGGAAGGACGAUGAGCGGCAGAAGCAGCACCAGCAGACUGAUACCGUUGACGACACCUGGUGCACAACACACCUUGACCACGGGUGCCUGACGGGGCUGACGUCCGCGAUGUUCGUCGACGAGGCCUCUCCGGCACACUCGCAAUUCAGCGAACUCCCCACCUCGCCGGACCCAACCUCCGGGCUGUACAUACUCUCGCGGACCGGUGAGAUCAACAAGGUCGCGAUCCCGCGCGACAGCCUGGCCUUCCAGACCGGCGAGACGCUGCAGCUGAUCACACAGGGACGGUUCAAAGCGGUGCCGCACUUCGUCAAGGGCGUGGAGCCCCGGAACGUCGCGGACGCGAACGCGAGGAUCGCGAGGAAUACGCUGGCCGUGUUCACGCAGCCGAAUUUGGGGGAAGUCGUCGAUUUGAAGACGGGGCUGACGUUUGGGGACUUUGCGAGGGGCGUCGUGAAGAAGAACACUACGACCUGA